GUCCGCGGGCGUAGGUGGGCCGGCGCAGCGCUGACGUAGGCCCUUCGGUGGAAGCGGGCUGGCGCGUUGCUGUGACAUAAGUUCGGCGGCGGCGGUACCUCAUGCUGCGGCGCCCGCUGGCUGGGCUGGCGGCGGCCGCCCUGGGCCGCGCCCCCUCGGGCGGUGAGUGGUGUCCCUUCCCGCGAGGGGCGGAGCGUCCGGGCACGCGCAGGUUCCGGAAGCCUUGCUGGGCGCCGCCGCGUUCACCUCUGUCCCUGAACCUGGGGCGGCGCUACACGCGUGCCUCAGGGUGCGUCAGGGGUCCUCCUGGGGUAGCCGCUGGAACUGCCCCCGCGGUCCUCAGUGGUUCCCAGGGCCGGCUCGUCGCAGAGUCCCAGCGAGCAAGGCGGGGGACAGGAGGACAGAAUAGCGCGGUUUUUCAAGCAGGGAUGUCAGGACCAAGGCCUGUUGUCCUGAGCGGACCGUCGGGGGCCGGGAAAAGCACCCUGCUCAAGAGACUCCUGCAGGAGCACAGCGGCAUCUUUGGGUUCAGCGUGUCCCACACCACGAGGGACCCGCGGCCCGGUGAGGAGAACGGCAAAGAUUACUACUUUGUGACCAGGGAGGUGAUGCAGCGGGACAUUGCUGCCGGAGACUUCAUUGAGCACGCUGAGUUCUCAGGAAACCUGUAUGGGACCAGCAAAGCGGCCGUGAGCGCAGUGCAGGCCAUGAACCGUAUCUGUGUGCUGGACGUGGACCUCCAGGGAGUGCGCAACAUCAAGAAGACAGACCUACAGCCCAUCUACAUCUUUGUGCAGCCACCCUCGCUCAAUGUCCUGGAGCAGCGCCUGCGCCAGAGGAACACGGAGACAGAGGAGAGCCUGGCUAAGCGGCUGGCCGCUGCCCAGGCAGACAUGGAGAGCAGCAAGGAGCCAGGCCUGUUUGACCUGGUCAUCAUCAACGACAGCCUGGACAAGGCCUACUGGGCUCUGAAGGAGGCACUCUCCGAGGAAAUCAAGAAGGCUCAAGGGACAGGCCACUCUUGAGGAGGCUGCCAACUGGUUCUCCUUGGACAGGACCCUGCACCCACCCUGGCAGCCAGGGUGCCCCCAAGAGGUGUUUCUGCCUGUGUCAUUCACCCCGCCCCCAUGCCCAUUUCUGGGUACCCCCUGCUCAGUCCCCCUCUCCUGUAGGAGCUGGUCCUGUGUCAUAAUAAAGAGCUGCUGGUUAGUGUCCUUGA